AUGAAUCGAAACAUUGCUCCUUCUAAAAUGUUCGACCGAAAAGCUCGGCGUAACGAAAAGGCUAGACAAAGAUAUGCCUCUUUAACUGAGGAGCAGAAAGAAAUCCAACGACAAAAACGCCGUGAUGCCUAUAAAAGUAAAAAUAAAAAGACAAAGACUACUUUUACGUCUUCAUUAGUAUUGAGAGGAAAAGAUGAUGAGCACACCAGUAAUAAGCAACUGCUACAGCAGGCUUUUCGCAUUUGUGAACCUAACUGUGGUCAUAAGCACCACCGUGAGGCAGUUCUUGGAGACAAAGCUGAUAGUAAUCGAAGGCAGAAGGAGCAUGUUUCAGAAUUUUCAACAUAUCACAAAGGUUCUACUUCUACAGCUCGACGGAUAAAGAAGUGUCAGCAUUCUAAAGUGACGCAAUCUUCAGACCAACCACCCAUCUGCAACUCCUGCUAUAGCUUGCUUUCUGAAGCAAUGGAGGAUCUAACAGUUAAAAGCUAUGGGGAAGACCAAAAUGCUUCGAUUAGGAAACAAAACAAGGUACGCAAACAACGUAAAAGGGUGGUGAAGGGAAUCGAGGCAUUAUCUUCGAUAAGCUUGGAAGCUGAUAGAUUACCAGAACAACAGAAUUGCAAGUACUGCGGAGCUAAAAAAUUUUAUUGUGAGUCUGCAAACUUUUGUUGCUCUGAUGGAGAAGUAGUCUUAGAAGAGAAUAAAAUGCCAGACAUAUUAAUAGAGCUAUUUACUAGUGAAACUGAAGAAGCAAUUUGUUUCAGAACCUAUGUAAGAACAUACAAUAGUAUGUUUGCUUUCACCUCUUUCGGAGUUAACUAUGAUAAAUCGCUUUGCCAAAGAAGAAACGGAAUAUAUACUUUUAAAAUUCAGGGCCAAAUGUAUCAUUUUAUAAAUCAAUUGAUUCCCCAUGAAGGAUCAGGAAUGUUUUUGCAGUUAUACUUUCAUGAUACUGAACAUGAAAUCGCAAAUCGAUUGGCUUUUUCAACAAAACUAACUGAGAGCAUAGUGGUGAAACUCAUGGAACUCAUGAAAAGUAACCCUUAUGCUUGCUUUUUCCGAAGCCUGAGACAUGUUCCAGACUUGGACAAUUAUCAAAUAGUCCUAAAAUCUUACUGUCAAACUGAUCAGCGAGUCUUUAACAAGCCAACAGUAUCCCAAGUAGCUGCACUGUGGGUUGAAGGUGAAAACUCACAGGACAGCUAUGCUAGACACAUUCAAGUAUACACAAAAGAGGGUCACAGUCGUAGAAUUCAAUAUUACUAUGGCUGUUAUGAUCCAUUGCAGUAUCCACUUCUAUUUCCCUUUGGCGAAACAGGGUGGCAACCUGGAAUUCAGAGAUCUGGCACUGCUUUCAAAAACUUUGAGAAUUCAAAGGAGAAUGUGUCCAUGCGUGAAUACUAUGCAUAUAGGUUCCAGAUGAGGGAGAAAAAUAAACCAAAUAUUCUUAAUACUGCCCGUGCAUUUCAACAGUAUGUAGUGGACAUGUACGUAAAAAUUGAGAGUCAAAGGCUUGAUUUUUUCCGGCAUAGGCAACAACAAAUUAGGACUGAGCAAUUACAGGGUGUCAUGGAUUCUGUAGUUGAGGGCCAAUGUAGAGGUUCAAAAGUAGGGCGACGAGUAAUUUUGCCAGCAUCUUUUAUAGGAGGCCCGUGUGAUAUGAAAAGAAGGUAUGUUGAUGCUAUGGCCUUAGUUCAAAAAUUCGGAAAACCUAACAUUUUUUUAACAAUGACUUGUAACCCAUCAUGGCCAGAAAUCAAAGAAAACUCACUGCCCACUGAUGAGUCUCAAAACCGUGUUGAUCUUUCUGCUAGAGUUUUUCAUGCCAAGUUAGAAAUUUUAAAAGAAGAGUUGUUUAAGAAAGAGGUAUUGGGUAAAGUAGCUGCUUACACCUAUGUUGUUGAAUUCCCAAAAUGGGGGUUGCCGCAUGCACAUUUCUUAAUAAUUUUACACCCAACGUCUAAAUUAUAUUCAACGGAAUCCUAUGAUCACAUUGUUUCUGCUGAGAUUCCUGACAAGAAAGAGCAUCCACACUUGUUUAAAAUGGUUCGCAAACACAUGAUACAUGGUCCUUGUGGCAAUAAAAAUGCAGAUAACGUGUGUAUGCAAGGUACAACUGUUAAAAAAUGCAAAACUCAUUAUCCUAAACAGUGGGCAGAAAAGACUACACAAUCUGAAAAUUCUUAUCCAACAUAUAGGCGGAGGAACAAUGGAGAAAAGGUAAAAGUUCGAGGCCAUGAAUUGGAUAAUAGAUGGGUGGUUCCAUAUAAUCCUUACUUGUUAGCAAAAUUCAAUUGCCAUAUGAAUGUUGAAAUUUGCUCAACAAUAAAGGUAGUCAAGUAUACUUAUAAGUACAUAUAUAAGGGACAUGAUAAAAUACACUUUGCUGUGAAUUCAGAUGACAGAUCUAAAGAGAUAGAUGAAAUUAAGGAGUACCAAUCAGCAAGAUGGGUUACUCCUAUUGAAGCCAUUUGGCGAAUUUACAGAUUUCCCUUAUUUGAAACACAUCCUGGUGUCAUUAACCUUCAGCUACAUCUUGAAAAUUAUCAAUCUCUGACCUUCAAAGAUGAUGCUGAUCUUAGAGAUCUUUUGAAAAGUAAAUUUGCUAAGAAAAGUAUGCUAACUGAAUUUUUCCUUAUGAAUGCUACUGAUGAGAGAGCCAAAACAUUGAAAUGCACAUACAAAGAAUUUCCUGAACAUUUUGUGUGGAAACCUGGUAAACACAUAUGGGAUAUUAGGCAGCAGAGAGGUUCAAUAGGCCGAAUUGUUACAGCAACCGCCCUUUUUGGAUAUCAUUGUCAAUUUAGUGGACAAGGUAGAGAUGUUGAGCUGAUAUUGUACAAGUUGUUAAUGCAAUGGUUGGUGUUAAUAUGA